AUGGCGAUGUUUAGAUUGGGUUUUUCAGUGUUGCUUUGUUUAGUUCCUGGAAUUUUUGGAAUGAACAAUUUUUGUAACAGAAACAAUUUUGAAAAUGUUCCUCGCAAUAGUAUGCAGUUUAGUAAAGAAGUAAAUUUCAGGGAAUUUGCUGUGGUUGGAAAUCUUAAGGCCCUACAUUGCUGUGCGAAAGACUACCACACUAUUGAAUGGUAUAAAGACAAUAAAGUCUAUCCAUGGCCUCUGGAAUUAUCCACCAUGUUACUGUUUCCUGCUAGCGCUAAUCAAACUAUCUACGUCCAGUCCGUGAAACCUACCGAUGCAGGAAAUUAUACUUGUGUACUGAGGAAUGAUACUGUUCUACAUUCACAUACGAUACAAUUAAGGCUUUUUGAUAGAGCACCGGAUGAUCCACAAAUCACAUACCUUUCUGAAGAUACUGUGUUAUCUGUAGGAGAAAAUCUAAGACUAUUCUGUGAAGCUUUCGUUGGUCUGGUAGACCUUCCAGACGCACAUAGCGAAGUAUAUUGGAACAAAUUGUACCCAAACAGCACUACAUAUGAUGAGUUGCCAUCGCACAUUAGACAUGCACAAACAGAACAAGAAGACGGCCAAACCCUGGGGGCUUAUAUGAUAAUAGAUUCGAUGCAACCCGAAGAUUUCGGCGAAUAUGAAUGCGUAAUCACCAAACCCGGAAUCACCAUUAAAAGAUACAUAAAAGUUAUUGAACGAGAGAUAGAAGUGGAGUAUUUAGAUCCCAGUCCCCUACCAAUUGCAAAAUUGGCCAUUUUAAUGACGGCUAUUUUGUGUCUUUUCGUAGCGGUAGUGGUAUUGUAUCUCAAAUUUGGGCUGAAGGUUCAAGUACGCCUCAAGGAUACCUUGAGUCCUUUGGAGGAUUCCGAUGGGAAGGAAAAGGAUGUUUUGGUAGUUUAUACAUCAGCGGACUCUGAAUUGGCAUUGGGGGUUCUGUUACCAACCUUGGAAGAAAAAUACAAAUACACUUGUGAUUCUAAAGAACUGUGUCCUGAAAUUAGCUUGUGGUACAAAGACUUGUCGGAAGGAGAAAAAUACAGAAGAGUAAUUGUUGUGAUAUCGCCUGCUAUGCUGGAAGGUUCUUGGGAUCCUAGUAGACUUUUAUUAGCACUGAAACAAUUAAAAGGUUUUGGUCCCAAUGUAAUUUUCAUUUCUUUGAAGGAGCUUCCGAAAACCGAGCCUGAAAUUAAGAAUGCCGAAGGGGAAACAUUGAGCGCUGUCAUAAGAUCACUGGGGGUAAUUGUGUGGGACAGGCGCGACGAAGAAAAAGUAUGGUACUUACUACGUCUCAAACUCCCUCCCAAAAGAACGGUGUCCGAAAAGAGAACUAGAGGACCGGAUACAAGACUGCGUAAUAAUUCUCAAGAAUCUAUAGGAGAAUAUGUUGUGUGA